CACGUGCUUCCUAUGGGAAUACUACAUGUAUAAUCGACUUAUUAUGCAUUCAUGAGGUGAUGCAACGUCCCGACAGCUGAGGCCAUGUGAAGAAAGCCGGUAUUUUUGCAUCACCCUCCCUUUCAAACCGUUUGUUCUGGAGACCAGGCAUGCUUUCAGGAACGGUUUUGUAAAAUUUCUGGUUAGAAAUCGUUCCUGUCAGUGAUUUGAGAGAUGGGUGCGGGUGGGCAAGGUGACAGCACGGCGGCGAGUCCAAUGAUGGAGGGCAGCAUAAAUCAUACUGUACAGGACAGCAGCGAUGGAGGGAAGGGUUCCCCCGUACGUCUACAGAGACAGGUUACCCUUGCUAACGCCGUGGGUUUGAUGGUGGGGAACAUCCUCGGGUCGGGGAUUUUCAUCGCACCGAAGGGAGUCCUCCUGUACACGGGCUCCACCGGCCUUUCUCUCAUCAUCUGGGCGGUGAGCGGUGUGUUUUCCGCGCUCGGUGCCUUGUGUUACGCCGAGCUAGGCACCUCAAUCUUGAAGUCCGGAGCUAGCUAUGCUUACAUCUUAGAAGCGUUCGGUCCGUUCCCGGCGUUUCUACGACUGUGGGUGUCUGUGUUGAUCGUGGACCCCACGGGACAGGCGGUGAUCGCGCUCACCUUCUCAUCCUACCUGGUCCAGCCUUUCUUUCCGGGAUGUGACGUGCCGUACGGAGCCGUGAGACUGUUAGCCAUUGCUAUCGUCUGCGUGCUGACGUUUGUCAACUGCGCCAACGUGCGGUGGGUGACGAGAGUGCAGGACGCGUUCGCCUACGCUGGCGUGGCAGCCUGCGUCAUGGUCAUCAUCUCCGGGGUCGUCAAUGUCAUCAUGACAGGGGAGAUGCACGUGUUCCAGAGCCCCUUCAAAGGAACAAAUCCCGACAUGGGGCGGGCAGCCCUAGCCCUGUACCCAGGACUGUACGCAUUUGCCGGAUGGGACAUGUUGAACUUCAUCACAGAAGAGAUAAAGGACCCCCAUAAGAACCUCCCCCGGGCCAUCUGGAUCUCCAUGCCGAUCGUGACGUUCCUGUACAUCCUCAUCAACAUCGCCAUGUACUCCGUACUGUCCGCACAGCAGGUGCUGGAGUCCGAGGCUGUGGCCGUGACCUAUGCAGAAAAGGCGAUGGGUGUGGUCAGCUGGACGAUACCAAUUCUCGUUGCCAUGACGACCAUUGGUGGGAUCAAUGCAUACAUUCUUGCAGUAUCAAGAUUGUACUUUGUGGGAUCUCGGGAAGGCCAUCUUCCACAGGUGCUGUCCAUGAUCAACAUUUGGACCAUGACUCCGGCCCCUGCAGUUCUAUUUAACGGCUUCCUGGUCUGUUGCUACCUCAUCUCCGAUGACGUGCUGACCCUGAUUAACUACUUCAGCUUCAUGUACUGGAUCGGAGUCGGUUUGUCUAUCGCAGCGCUGCUGUACCUCAGAUGGAGACAGCCUGACAUGCACAGACCCAUCAAGGUACAUCUGGCUCUCCCAGUGCUGUUCCUACUAGCCAGUCUGUUCCUGGUUAUCGUGCCGUUCUACUCGGCAUUCAGAGACUCGGUGAUCGGGUGCGCCAUCUUCCUGUCCGGUGUUCCUGUCUACUACAUAGGCGUGCACAGAAAGGUCCACCCCGCAUGGCUACAUACCAUUGCAGAUGGGAUCACGAGAAAAGUGCAGAAACUCCUGAUGUGUGUUCCUCAGGAGUCGGACGAUACCAUCUUACAGAGCAACGAAGGGGGACACGAGACGGACAAGAUGGCUUAAAAAAGUGUCAGCGAAAGAUGGCCACACAGAUUGCGCCACGUGAGAUUGCGUGGCGCAAUUGGCAGUGUGUUGGGCUCAUGUGCAAAAGGUUUCGAGUUCGAAACCUGCCGUGUCACAUGUCACGUGGCACUUUACACGACUUUCCUCACUUCACUCAAGUGAAAAUGAGUACCAUUCACCUGGACUCCAGGAAGAAUAGUGGCGUAUCAGUCACUAAUGAAGAUCCUAAUUAAAACCAAACCAAAUCAAACUUAACACAAUAUUGUGAAAUUGAAUUACUUUUGCUAUUUCAUAUUUUCAUCACAAAAUAGUUGGAAUGAUCACAAAUUAGCACACGUCUCUACUUUUGGGUAGAUAUUGAUCUGAAAUAUAAUCUUCAUGACCCAAUUCGUCUCCCCAAUGAUACUUGAAGGACACUGCUUUCAUCAUGAUAUCUUACCUGUUCCACAUGUAAUGUUAACGUUACAUGUUCGAUUAUUGUACCAGUGAAAUUCCUUUUUGACAACCACAUUGACCAGUGGACCUCACUUAAUGUUACGACGCCCCCUAACGUCACAUUUUUAUACCGGGUAUUUCUGGAAAUGAAAAGUAGAAAUUUAUUCGUAAAAAUAUACACAAAUAAUUUACGACUAUUCUCUUUACGUCUUGAGCAGUUUGGUGUCUUUAAUAUCAUACUUUCCGUUCCCGGAAGCUGCCCGGCCGGGCCCCGGUUUGGACAUGUGACGUAUGCCUAAACAGCAGGAAAAUCCAUCUUCCCACAAGUCUGCGUAGUCCUGAAAUGUCCGGUAGUCGGAUGGCGCCUAGGCCAAGUUCUACAAUCUUUAAACAACAUUUUUGUCAGUAGUUUUCUCGCGAUCAUCGGGCGAUUUAACUUGAAUAGAUCGGCAGAGGUUCGCAGGUCCCCGUCCAAUGUGAUGGGGCAGAUUCUCAGGUGGUAAGUAUGCUUGAGUCUCUGGCGAUGACCUUCUAAUGAUGUCUAUAUAUAACAAGCUAUACAUGUGCAUACAUAUCAACAAAUACGGCCGAAGCUCGUAGACUUAGUGAGAGGGUCCUACAGCCCUCUCAAUUACAUGUGUAUCAUGCAUGUUGCGUGAGCGACUACAGCCGGGAUUCAAUCACUGAACUACAUAUGCACUAAACAUGAUAACUAUGUGCUCUGCUAUGUUCUCUAUGAGAAAUAAAAAAUUUGCUGUCAUUAAUCUACCGUAUAAAAUCUCAGGAUGUGCCAAAUACAAACAACACAUCUUAUGCAACGUGAAAAAGGAUAACUAUAUAUGUAUAGAUGUUGCGAAUUUUUUAAUAAAACAACUGUAUAUUUUUUAACAGAAAAAAAAGCCUAAGAAGCAAUAUACCAAUGUAUAACCUCUGUCAUGUUAUUGACUAAUUGAGUGCAAGGUGGCAGUAGUUUCCACUGCUGGAGAUAUUCUACAGCUAAGUAAUCAUGUCUUGUACUGUUUGUAAUGUUCGGUGAUUCUAAGGAUAUAUGUGUUAAGAUAUGAAAGUAUAAUCUCCAAGCAGAUCCUAUGGUAGUACAUGUAUAAGAUAGUAUCAAAAGCGGUCACAGGAGUGAAAACGGCCUAGGAGUGUGUAUGGCUACCAGUGGCUGAUGACUCCCUUUGGCCAGCUAUACUCCUUAGCCAGUUUGAUACUAUCUUAUGCCACUAGUAAAUCUGCCUGGAGAUUAAUAAACGUAGUAGACGUUUGACCUGACCUAUGAAUAGAUAUCAUCUGCUAUGCAAUUACAAAAUGUCAUAAGACAUUGUGAUGCUUUGCCAUAGGAAGAACUCUGUCUAUGUAACACGUUGUUUCUACAAAGUAUCAAUCAACUCAUAACAGCUUGCCAUGCAAGCAUUAUAUGGAAUGAGCGUAAAAUGUGAUGUUUUGUUACUGUGUUAUGCUAUGUGAUAUGUUGGGUACUGAUCGGUGGCGAUAUACUGUGCUUGUUGUGGAAAACCACCAUAUUCAAUGAAUGUAACUACAAACAACAUUUCAAGGGAUUUCAAAUAGUAUCAUUUACUUCAUAAAGCACUUGUCUCAUUGACCACACAAAAUAUCAUGAAAGAAAACCUUUACAUUUUGUCUGGUCAUUCUAUUCCAAGCUAAAACACCAUCUUACUUCAAGUUCAAUGCUCUAAAUUGUCAAAACUAAUUCCAGAAUGAUAGCUACAAUAUUCAAAUAAACUUCAUAGUCAUUAUUUAUUCUACAAAAGUGACUACUACAACAAAAUCAUUAAAGAAAACUUAAAUGUAAUAUCAGUGUACCUCAAAGGGUAAAAAUAGGAAAUGUACAAGUUAAAAUUCAGGGCAGAGCCAGGUACUUUCUUUUGCAUCAAAAGCUUUAGAAACAUUUCUUAUUGUGAUUGAGUUAACGCUUCCAUUUGAAAGAAGACUGUUCUCUAAGAAAGAACUCCGUGAUAUUUUUUGGCAUCAUAAGUUAACACAGCAGCAACACUCAUGCUUUGGAAAAUAUAAUGCCAUCUGUUAAAGUUAACAUGUUUAUCUCCUGGACAAAGUCCAUUAUUUCUAAAACAAAAGAUACCUAAGGUCACAAUCAUCAAGAAAAAAGAAAGAUAAAUGUACAGAAAUAUCAAUAACAUCAGGAUCUACUGGUAAAUGAUUUUAGUGAUCCUUUGGCUAUAACCCCCAGGUUAUAAAAGGGUGACUUAUAUAACUUAUUUCAAGUUCAUAAAUCUCUGAGAUAAUUGAAAUAUCAUAUUUCAAACAUUCCAAUUGGUAACUGUUGUCACUGUUUUGAGAGUGUUUCUUAAGAUAAUCAAGAUUUUAGAACACAAUAAGAUGAAGAACACCAAGUGGUAAAUUGUAUAAGAUGCACAGAUUACUAUAAGACUUUUUGGUGUACAAGAUUUCCAAGUCACAAUUAAAGCAUAUGUUCAUUCCUCUGA